AUGUACACUUACACGGUUCGUUCAUCAGCAGAAAUGGACUAUGAUUAUUGGGAUGGACGAGAUGAUGAAUGUGAAGAAGUGCUCGAGGCAAAAUAUCAAAUACAACAAAAGACAUUACAAAGACAAAAUAGUGCACUCCGAAUGCCGUUGAUGUUAGCGUCAACGGCGACUCCCUCAUAUAAUAUCAGAGAUGCAAGGCCUCUUCAAAGCACCUCUGUGUCCCCGGGAGGCGAUGUGACUUGUGCUGUUUGUGGGGAUGGACAAGCAAAGCUACAUUAUGGAGUACUGGCUUGUUAUGGAUGCAAAGGUUUCUUCCGACGAACUCUCACUGGAAAGUAUCGUUACGUUUGUCGCUUUGGGAAUAACUGUGUCGUUGAUAAAUUCCAAAGAAACAGUUGUCGUUAUUGCCGUUUCAAUCGAUGUCUCGAAGUUGGAAUGGAUCCGAAAGCCGUGAGACCCGAUAGAGAUUUGACUGGGAAACAAAAAGUGCCGAGAAUCCGAAAGAAGCACAUUGAUGAAGAACUCUUAAAUCAUAUGAUGCGGUUACAAGGUGACGAUUGGACGAGAAAGCUCCAAGUCGAUGUGAGAGUGCUGCUCAUGCAACUGAUGAAUAUUGAAUCGAAGGUUGUGAAGGGUGAGCUGAAUAUGACACAGCCAAAUCGAGAUCCCCUCAAUAUUCCUCCACCAAGGGAUUCGAAAUCGAUCUCUUUGCGGGAAAUGUUUGAAUCAAAACCUCAAAUGGAGAGCAGAAGGAUGGAGAUCAGAUACGAGCCUCUUCGACAAGCCCGUGUAGAAGAGUUGCCGGCAAUCGCCCAUCGACGAGCAAUCGCUGCUGUUGAUUGGGUGGACUGUAUCUCGGAAAUUGCUGAGAUAUCUGAAACUGAAGACAAGGUGGCCUUGGUGAAGAACUGUUAUGCUCCGUUGACAAUCUUCAACUUCUCUGCGAGAACCGCUCAAAAUACAAAGAAUCCAGAUAUCUUAUGCCUCUGCUCUCACUCAUUUGUGCCAAGACGGCUUCCACCGGAGUUCAACGAGCAAAAUCAACUCUCGAAUAAUCUCAUCGAUCGAACACUCAACGAACUGGUGGGACCGUUGAGAAAAAUGAAUCUGAAAGAAGAAGAGAUCGUUCCACUCAAAGCAAUUCUUGUCUUGAAUCCAAACACAAAAGGACUCUCUGAAAACGCCCGAGCAGCGAUCACCGAAUUGAGAGAUAAAGUGCAGGAUGUGCUCUUUCAAAUUGUCAAGGAACUCCAUCCAUCAUACAAUGCGAGCUCACGAUUCGGGAAUCUUCUUCUCUUGUUGCCAACAAUUGCGACUCUGUCGAGUGUGAUGUGUGAGAAUAUGCAAUUCUGCCAAGCUUUUGGCGGUCGCGCGAGUGGAGAUCCGCUGCUUUCGGAAAUGUUCGGAGAUUUCAAGCUUGAAGAGCCUCCACAGAUCUCAUCCUCAUCCGGCUCUCCUCCCCUUUUUGAGAAUCCAGCGGAUAUCUCGCUUGGAUCGAUCAGUCCACCCUCAUUGUCGGGAGAAUCGAUUCAUACCAUUCACUCGCCUGUUAGAGCUUGGUUUCAAAAGAGAGUGGAUGUGUCAACACAGACCGAGACGGGUCCUCCGCCAAAUCCAGCUCAUUCUUUGAUCUCCGGUGGAUAUGGAAGUCCGCUAGCCGGUCUCCCGUCUCCAUUUUCGAGUCUUUUGGAUGAAGAUAUCGUUGAUUCGACAUUCUCUCCAGGCGAUGACUUCGAAAUGUUAACAGAUACUCAUCAAUUUGAUGACCUCAUGCAGUAUAUCAAA